AUGAUGAAUGAACAAAGUGAUUUUGAAGAGGUUUUAUCUUUAAAAAGUUUUUCAAGAAAUCAACGUGCAGCAAUUGCCGAAGACACUUUGAACAAGGUCAAAGAUGGAUGGUACCAACCAUCUAAAGGUUCUCCGAUAAGUCUUGCAGAAGACAUUGCAUUUUCUGUGAAUAAUACUGUGGUUUAUACAGAAUAUGAUCUACACAAGAGAAAGAAAUUAAUCUUAAAUGCUGAUGAAACAAUGUCGACAUCAUUUGCAACGAAUAUGUCUUCGUCUUUAAAGAUUGAAGUUCGUCAUUGUACAACUUUACAAGCAGCUCAAUCGUUAGUUGCUGAGAUGGUUGAAGAUUGUAUUGGAGUAUUAAAUUUUGCAUCGGCUAAAAAUCCAGGAGGAGGUUUUCAAAGAGGUUCUAAUGCACAAGAAGAAUCACUUGCUAGAUCUUCAUCACUUUAUCCAACACUUAUUCAAAAUAGAGUUUUUACUGAAUAUUAUGAUUAUAAUCGACAUGGUAAAAGCGGUCUCUACAGUCAUCGGAUUAUAUAUUCACCAAGAGUAACUAUUUUCAAAGAUGAUAACGGAAAUUUAUUAUCUUCUCCAUAUCAUGUUGGUAUGGUAACAGUUCCUGCUCCAAACGCUAGUGUUGUUCGUCAAACAGAACUAGUUAAAAGUACGAUGAUGGAACGUAUUAGACGUUUAUUGUAUGUUUUCGAAGCGAACAAACACGAUAGUCUUAUAUUAGGAGCAUUUGGUUGUGGUGUUUUCAAAAACAAUCCAUUUGACGUAGCAGUUAUGUUUCGACAGCAUUUAGAAUCUGAUGAGUUUAAGAACUCUUUUAAACGAAUCAUCUUUGCAGUUUUAGAUGCUGACAUGUAUCAAGUAUUCAAGGAAGUAUUCACUAAUACUGAUUUGAGUUAUAUACAACAUGGAAUUAUGAGAACAUCUCUGAAUGACAAUAAUAACAAACAGCAUUUGUAUAGUAAUCGAAAGCAAAUGUGCAACAAAAGAGCAAAACAAAGAAGACAACGAAGCAGUAUCCUUAACGACGUUUAUGAUAAAAACUACAACGAUUAUUAUAAUCAUGAAGACAAGGAUGAAUAA